CGCUUCAGGACCCGGGAAAAGGAAGUGUGAAGACCACUGGUAGAAGGGGUGUCACUACUUCCGGACGCGGGUCUCGACUUGAGAGCAAAGAAAACUACAAAUCCCAGCACCGCCCGCGGCUUCGGAGGCCCGCCUCCGGCGAACUACAGCUCCCGGGGGUAUUUCCAGUUUAACAGGGAACAAUCACUGAACCCAAAGGAAUGAAUCCCUAAUGGUGGAGUUUCAGGCAUCAGUGACAGGCUGAACCCAGACUCCGAGGGCCAAUGCUUACACCUGGCAAACGAUGGCCUGAGCUAUGAGCAAAGAGGACUAUAUGAACACUUCGGUGCAAGAGCCCCCUCUUGACUUUUCCUUCAGAAGCAUCCACGUGAUCCAAGAUCUGACAAGCGAGGAGCCAAGAACAGGGCUACGACCACUAAGGCACUCAAAGUCAGGGAAGUCUCUGACCCAGUCCCUGUGGCUGAACAACAAUGUCCUCAAUGAUCUGAAAGACUUCAGCCAUGUGGUUUCACUGCUUCUGGAGCAUCCAGAGAACCUGGCCUGGAUUGAUCUGUCCUUCAACGACCUGACUUCGAUUGACCCUGUCCUGACAACUUUCUUCAACCUCAGUGUCCUCUAUCUCCAUGGCAACAGCAUCCAGCGCCUGGGAGAAGUGAACAAGCUGGCUGUCCUCCCUCGCCUCCGGAGUCUGACACUCCAUGGGAACCCCGUAGAAGAGGAGAAGGGGUAUAGGCAAUAUGUGCUGUGCACCCUGCCACGUAUCACCACAUUCGACUUCAGUGGGGUCACCAAGGCAGACCGCACCACGGCUGAAGUGUGGAAGCGCAUGAACAUCAAGCCCAAGAAGGUCCGGAUCAAGCAGAAUGCACUCUGAGGUUCUCAGGUCCCAGCAAUCCUGAAGGCCAGAGGAUGGUCAGUUUGGUUUAACAAUAAACGAUGCAAGCAGUUGA